AUGCCUAAAUUGUCAAGCGUUGAGGAUUUAGCAAGUUGGGAGCCGUCUAUUGUCUUUGCAGACAGAGGCAGUCAUGACAAUAAUGGUCGAUGGAAUAUUAUUUCACAAAAAAACCGCUUUAGCAUUGCAUCUCUCGAAGCCAUCUGCACUACAUACAACGUAUCGAUCAUAGAUACUUUGCAGGGCCUUUGGGCAUUGGUUAUAAGUACCUUCUCCAACAAUGAUGAAAUCUGCUCAGGCUUUAUCUCAGAUUCAGUGGCAACAAUUUACCACUGUAAACUUGAGACGUCUGUUCCAGUUGCCAAUGUUGGGAAUGCAAUUGACACCUGGGACCCUUCUAUUUUGCAUUUUCCGGAAAAAGAAGACCAGUCUAGUAACUAUACUGUUACAUUGGUCAAUCUAUUCGAUACAGCGCUGGAAAUUAGUCUGGUGUUCACGGGCUCUAGCAGUCUGAAGAAGGCCCCCUUGCCAUUGAUUAAUCCUCUGAAGCUGUACGCAAGCAUAUCUCUUUCAGAUAAUACAAUAUCUACAUUUUACCAGUCGGCACUUGUUUCACACUUUCAGGCCGAGAAUAUAGCUUUGACUUUCCAGAAAGUCAUCGAGAGCUUCUUCCAGACACCUGGAAUUCCCAUUAAGGAUCUUGAUUUGAUAAGUUAUCAUGGGAGAGCAACAAUUUUGCAGUGGAACAAGGCGCUCUUACCAUCAAUUCAUGCAUGCAUUCAUGAAAUCAUUCACCAACAUUCCUUGGCACAUCCUCACGCCCUUGCAAUCUCCUCGUGGGAUGGACAAUUUUCCUACCAGGAGCUGGAUCGGGUUUCGACGUGCCUUGCAGCUCAACUGAAAAGCUAUGGAGUCAAAGAGGAAGUUAUCGUUCCUUUCUGCUUCAACAAAUCGCGCUGGGCCAUCGUCGCUAUGCUCGCAACCCUGAAAGCUGGGGGUGCAUCUGUAGCACUCAGCCCUGAGUAUCCGAAUGAUCGGAUAUCACACAUUGUUCACUUAACAAAUGCAUCUCUUGUGCUUUCGGAUUCGGAAAAUGCAGAUCAUGUCGGGGACUCAGCGGCAGAAGUCGCCGUCGUCGUGGUCGACGAAGAUUUAAUCUCCAGGCUUCAGGAACCAAGAGAAGCAUCGGGAAGCCCCUGUACACCCAGCAAUGCUGCUUUCAUUCAAUUCACAUCGGGAACGACUGGAAAUCCGAAAGGCAUUGUUUUGGAACAUGGUGCAUUUCUGACCAGCAUGGUCGCCCAGCAUAGGGAUAUGCACAUUCAUAAGCAUUCUCGUGUUCUUCAAUUUGCAGCGUACACUUUUGAUGCCAGCUUACAGGAGAUCUUCGGAGCACUUACUGCCGGGGGAUGCGUAUGUAUACCUUCAGAGCACCAACGGCUGAACAAUAUCGGUGAGACGAUCAAGAGAAUGCAGGCAAGCUGGGUCUUCAUGACACCGCUAUUUGCAAAAACAAUUCACCCCUCGGAUGUGGUCAGUGUGGAGACGAUGGUGAUCGGGGGCGAAGUUACACCAAAGAGUGUCAUCAACGACUUCGCCCCAAAGCUCCGUCUGUUGAAUGGCUAUGGACCGUCAGAAUGUAGCAUUGCCAGCUCGGUCAAUAACUUCAGUAUGGCAGCUAAUCCGGAUGCGGAGAAUAUUGGAAACCCCAUGCAAAGUUGUAACUUCUGGGUUGUUUCUCCUCGAAAUCCCGACCGCUUAGCCCCUGUUGGAGCUAUCGGUGAGCUGGUGAUCCAAGGGCCAAUCCUUGCAAGGGAAUAUCUGAAGAAUGUUGAUGCAACAAAAAGGUCGUUCCAGUCACCGGCUUGGCUGGACUCCUUCAGUGCAAUGCAUCCAAAAAGGGUUUAUAAUACGGGAGAUUUGGUACGCUAUCAAUCUGACGGGUCAUUGCAAUUUGUCGGACGAAACGACUCGCAAGUGAAGGUGACGGGCCGCAGAGUCGAUCUGAAAGAAACCGAAUUUCACCUAUCUUGCAACUUGCCCGAUGAAAUGGCGGCAGCCGUCAAUUUUCUGCCGCUUCAGACCGGUGAUGGAGAGAAAAAGGCGUUGGUUGCCUUUUACUGGCCAAAGAAGUUGGUCGAUGGACCUGCUACAAAAAUUUCCGUUGAGGUGCUACCUGUCUCGCUGGAUAGGAGAGAAUUAGCACAGGGUUUAUCCCAACAGCUGAAACAGGCCUUACCUUCGUAUAUGAUUCCAAACUUUUACAUUCCUCUCUCCACGAUUCCAUUGACCUUGUCAGGGAAACUGGACCAUCGACAACUAAAGUCACUAUUUGUUGGGUUGUCGAAUGCAGAAUUAGGUGCAUACUCACCCGCUACAAUUGUAAAAGAAAAGCCACAGAACAAGAUAGAGGAAGUCCUUCGGAGUUUUUGGGCAGAGGUGCUCGGUCUUGAUCUGGAGACGAUCGGUACCAACGACAACUUCUUUGAGCUUGGUGGCGAGUCAAUUGCAGCCAUCCGUCUUUCUACCAUUGCUCAUGCAAACGGAUUGCAUCUUACCACUUCUGAUAUCCUCAGUUGUCCGGAAUUUAAGCUACAGGCUCAAAUUCUCUACGACAGGAGCGAGAACCAGGACGAGCCUUCGGGGAAUAAAUCUCCUCUGUUAUUCGAUGACGAGGGGUACAUUUCAGCUACUGUAUCAAAAGGAAACUCUCACCAAACACCAAGCUGGUCUCGCCUUUGUGAGAAAAUCAGUAACGAGUGGAGACUGGACCAAACCAGCAUCCUCGACAUAUAUCCAUGUAGUCCUAUGCAAAAAGGAUUACUUGCACUGACUACCCGAGAGUCAAAAACCAAGACAUUGCAGAAGAUAUAUUCUCUAUCAAAGAAAAUUGAUAUAGCUCGUUUUCAAUAUGCCUGGGAGCGAAUAGUUGCCCAGAAUGACAUCUUUCGAACUCGGAUUGUCUUUACGUCAAACAAUAACCAACUUUUUCAGGUUUUGUUAGAUGAACAUAUUACCUGGAAUACAUCUGAAAAUUUAAAAGAGUAUCUUCACCAAGAUAUGAGCAAGCCGUUUGGCUAUGGAACACCUCUUGUCCGCCUUGCACUUUUUCCUAAUGGAGAAGAAGGACAUUACUUUGUAUGGAGUGCUCAGCAUGCAGUUUAUGAUGGUUGGAGUGACUUGAGGGUCAUUGAGCUACUUUCUACACUAUAUCACGGCCAAAAUGUUCCGAAGAGUUUACCAUUCCGGGAAUUUAUUGACUAUGUAAACACAGCUCAGACAGUUGAAGCACAUCAAUUUUGGAAAAGUCAGCUUGACCGGUUUCAAGGCUCCGAGUUCCCAAAACUACCUCAUCCAGAUUACUGGCCAUUGGCACAAGAUGUUGUCCAUCAUAAGAUUAAUUUGCCAAGGAUUGCAGGAGUAAAUGUUACAGUUGCGACUUUACUUCGUGCUGCCUGGGCCAUUGUGAUCAGACAAUAUACUGGCUCAACAGACGUUUGCUUUGGAACAGUACAGACCGGCCGCACUGGAUCGUUGCCUGGGAUUGCAAAUCUAGUUGGGCCAACAAUUACAGUUGCACCACGUCAGAGCAUUGAGAUGAUUCCGUUUGAGCAUACAGGCAUUCAGUCUAUCAGGACUCUGAGCUCUGAUUGUACUACCGCGUGCAUGUUCCAAAGCUUAUUUCUUGUCCAGCCGGAGCCGGAGCAGCCUCGACUCCUUGACGGAAUGCAACUUCUCGGGAAAAAUGACACAGAAAUGCCUAGUUAUCUUCUCUCUCUGGAGAUUACUCUACAAUCAGGGUAUGCAUCCGUGGUAGCGGUCUACGAUUCUGAUGUCUUGGACCAUUCAGAGGUUGAGCAGAUAUUGUACCAGCUCGAGCACACAGUGCAUCAAAUCAGUGAAAACUUGAGAGAUAGUGCGCUUGGAGAUUUAGGACAAUUGAAUCCCCGGGAUCUUGAGCGCCUUUGCUCAUGGAAUGCAACCGAUCUCGAGCCAGUACAGGAAUGUGUUCACUGGGCAAUAGUGCGUCAAAUGCAUUCAAGACCAAAUGCUCCUGCAAUCUGCUACGAUAACGGAAAGGAGUUGACCUAUGGUCAGCUGGACCGACUAACCUCAGCUCUUGCAGAAUAUUUGCGCAGCCUCGGCGUCGGACCAGAAAGCAUUGUUCCAUUUUGUUUUGAGAAGUCGCUUUGGGCUAUUGUUGCUGUGGUAUCGAUUCCACGAGCUGGAGGGGCCUGUGCAGCGCUGGAACCUACCCAUCCCCCUGGCCGUUUGUCACAAAUCAUCGAAGGCACGAAUGCCUCAAUUAUACUGGCUUCGUCUCUGCAGCUCGGAAAACUGGAGGCUUACGAGAAACGUGUUGUUUGCAUUGAUCAUGCAUUCAUGGAGACCAUCUCCACAGCGUCUGUAAAUGACCCCGGACCAACAUUGCCUUCGAAUGCAGCAUUUGUUGUCUUUACAUCUGGAAGUACAGGUGUGCCGAAAGGUAUCGUGCUAGAGCACUCAUCAGUAGUGUCCACUUCACGAGCAAACGGUAGAGACUUGGAGCUAAAUUCCUCCUCAAGGGUUCUGCAAUUUGCUGCCUUUGCCUUUGAUGUUUACAUAGAAGACAUAUGUAUAUCGCUCAUGUAUGGCGCUUGUAUUUGUGUCCUGGCUGAGCAAGACCGCCUCGACAAUCUGCCUCAAGCAAUCAAGUCGAUGAAGGUCACCUGGGCUGACCUGACUCCUUCGGUUGUUAGGAUGAUUGAGCCGGAACAAGUUCCUGAUCUCCAGACGCUUGUCCUUGGUGGGGAGCUGCUAACUGAAGAAGUGAUCGAUCGAUGGGCGGGUAAAGUACACUUGUUCAACACUUACGGGCCUGCAGAAUGUACCAUAUUUUCUACCGUAACGGCAGCGCUUGACAAGAAGGCUCACGGUGUCAACAUUGGUCGCCCAGUCGGAUGUCACAUCUGGAUUACUGACCAGAACAACCUUCAACAGCUGCUCCCUGUGGGCUCUGUUGGAGAGAUGAUAAUUGAAGGACCGAAUGUUGCGCGUGGCUAUCUCAAUGACCCAGUUAAAACUAGAGAAAGUUUCGUUGAAGACCUUGCUUGGGCAAACCGCGGUCCUCAAGGGCGACGCUUUUACAGGACGGGCGAUUUGGGUCGGUUUCGAGGAGAUGGAACUCUGGAAAUCUUCGGCCGCAAAGACUCGCAAGUCAAAUUUCAUGGUCAGCGCUUUGAAUUGGGGGAGAUUGAACACCACGCCGCUGUCCAUUCAGCAGAAGACGCCACAAUUGCGGUAGAACUUGUACACUUUGAAAAUCGCACGUCUGCACUCCUCGUCUCGUUUCAAGGGAUUCGAAAACAUGUUCGCUCUGUCCAGGACGAAGAUUGGAAAACCAACGCAUUGCUACCCCCUACACUCCAGACAAAGUAUAAUUCCUUGGACUUGCAAAAGCAACUCAGCAAGUCGCUACCAUCAUACAUGGUUCCAACGGUCUACAUUUCACUGCUCUUUAUGCCUAUAACCCCUUCAGGCAAGGUGGACCGGAAAUCCCUCCAGAGACUUGUGAAAUCUUUGUCUCCUUCACAAUUCAACGACUAUUCUUUGGCAAGCGUGCAGAAGGACAAGCCAGCACAAGCAAAUGAAAUCCUUCUACAGGGAUUGUGGGCCGAGGUCAUUGGUAUCGAGCAAGAUUCGAUUGGUGUCAACGACAGCUUCUUUCGCGUUGGCGGAGAUUCCAUUUCAGCCAUGCGGCUAGUCAAAGCUCUCCAGCCCCUUGGCUGGCAGCUAUCUGUUUCUGACAUAUUCCGACACCCUAUUCUGUUUGACAUGACCACGGAACUGAAACAAGUGGCUGAGCAGGCCAGCGUUGUUGCAGCAGCUGUCCAUGCACGGGAGGUCGUUGAUGACGUCUAUCAGCACUGGGGCAUUGACCCGGAUUCCAUUCAAGAUAUAUAUCCGUGCACACCACUGCAGAAAGACAUGAUUUAUCUAACUAAAGCGCAUAGAGUCGCCAACACUCUUCAUCAAGUCUUUCACCUAUCGGCCCAAGUCGAUAUCCCGCGCUUUCAGGCCGCUUGGACACAAGUUGUUGCGAAUCACCCAAUUUUCAGGACAAGAAUUGUCACUGGCAGAGACGGAGACCUCCUCCAAGUUGUGCUCAACCGACCACUGGAGUGGGAGACUGCGGAAAGUCUGGCCGACUAUUCCGCCUCUUUGAAAACAUUCUCGUUCGACUUCGGAAAGCCUCUGGUGCGCCUGGUGCUCAUUUCAGAUCCCGAAGAUUCGCGGGGCCAUUACUUUGUAUGGAGUGCCCAUCACUCGACCUAUGAUGGAUGGAGCAUUCCACGCACGCUCGGCCUAGUGUCGAGACUUUACCGCAACAAAAGCUUCUCACACCUUUAUCAACCCUUCCGUCCUCUAGUCGAAUACAUUGAAGGAUCCAAGUCUGACGAAAGCCGAUCAUUCUGGAAGACUGCUCUUCGUGGCAGUAGUGUCUCCAGCAUUAUAUUCCCUGCACUUCCUCAAGAAGAUUACAGGCCUUUAACAACUGAUAUCGCCGAGCACGAAAUCUCCGUUUUAUCUCGGUCCGCCAGCGAUAUCACUAUGGCGAGUAUCAUUCAAGGAGCCUUGGCACUUGUAAUUGGCAGUCGAACUCAAAAAAGGGACUUAACAUUUGGUCUCAUCAAGACUGGCCGAAUAGGCAUACCCGUGCCCGACAUUGAAGAUAUUGCCGGCCCAGCUAUCACGCUGGUCCCAGCCAGAAUUCGAUGGGAAGAAAAUACUUAUUGUACUCCUGGUGACCCGACAUCGAUGCGGGCGUUUUUGCUCGACAUCCAGGCCCACCACAGCGAGUCUCUCCCUCAUGAUCAUAUCGGCUGCCACGAAAUCGCUACGCUGGAUAAUGAUUGUCAUCACGCGUGUUCCUUCCAGACGCUGCUUAUCAUUCAGCCCCCGCGCGCUGAUCACAGUAUUAUCGAUGGCGUGACAACUAUGACAUCGAUUGGCAGAGAACUUUUGAACUAUGGACUUUCUAUUGAGUGCCGGCUUGGCCAUUCCCACAUUUUCCUCCAUGCUGAUUUUGAUCCGGCGGUUUUACCCAAAAGCACAGUCAUCUCCAUUUUACAUGAGCUUGGCAAUACGAUUUCUUGGCUGAGUUCUGAUACUAGCUACACAAAGGUCCGAAAUGGAGCAAUUGAAUUAAAUAGUGUAGGUGUUUCUUGUUAA